CUGUAUUCUAAGGAAUAAAGCCUGCUUAUUUCAGUUUGACUGGCGUCAAGCGAAAUGUCAUUCGAUACUCAUUUUUUCAAGUUCGGAAAUUAGGGAAUGUGUUAUUCGUUGAGUAGCAUCAAAAUUUGUAAGGCAUCUCGCGCUUGAAAUGGCCCGCAGGCGUUCCAGGGGCUGCAAGAGACAAGGAAAAAGGGCAGCAAAACACGGGAAAAAUGUUCGACGUCGCGGCAAGAAAACGAAGGGGAAAAGAUGCAAGGAAGGUAGAAUAACCAUCAACCCUUUCCUCAACUUCUUGAGGGUCUUCAGAAAGAAGUAUUGCAACUGGCCCGUCAAGAAAGUCGCUAUAGAAGAUCUUUGCCAAUAAGUUUCAACGAUACCCAACCUUACGUCACCGCGGACUUGGAUAAAAAUGCGCAAAGUGUUGGUGUAAAAUGACCCUCGAGCAGAGGCGGAAAUUCUACAAAGAAGCUUGCCGACAGCAAAAAAAUGAACAAAAGUGCAAAGGGAUCUCCAACGAUAAAAGAAGACGUUCAAAGAGCUGCAGGAGAUCAGAGAAUGGCCUUGGGGGUAAGUCAAAAUCUAAAGGACGCAGAGAACGAUCUAGAAAGCGGAGACGAAGAUCAAGGAAGAGGGGAAUGUCUAGGCUCAAGAGGUCAGGAAGCAAGAGAACGAGGUCGAGGAGAAAGAGGUCGACGAGCAAGAGGUCAGCAUGCAUUAGGUUAGCGAGCAAGAGGAGGAGGUCAAGGAGAAAGCGGUCAGAGUGCAAGAGGUCGAAAGGGAGAGGAAGGGAAGGAAAAAAGAGGAGGAGCUCGAGAAGCAAGAAGUCGGGGAGCAGAAGAUCAAGGAGCAGAAGGUCAAUGUGCAAGAGGUCACGGAGUGGAAGGUCGAGGGGCAAGAGGACAGGGAGCAAGAGGUCGAGUAAAAGGUCACGAAGCAGAAGAUCUGGCAGCAGAAGAAGCGGUCGAGGCCGCAGUUGUAAAGCAGUUUCCGGGCCAGGAAUAUUCAGCACUAUCUUGGAGAAAGGAAAGAGUGUCUCGGUGGUGAUAGAUCCUAACAAAGGGAUCCUGUUCCAAAGUUGAAACUGUCUUGUCUGAUGCAGCGUUUAAAUUGAAUGCCUUAUUACCUACGUCAUCUAAUGAUAUUGUAUCUACAGGAUUUAAUAUAAAUUCUACGUGCUAACAUGCCUAUUUACUAUUUGUGUAGAAUAACGAUUCAGUAGGUAU